AAAACAAAGAGAACAUCCGUAAAUAGGUCUGUUGCAAGCCACGGCCAAAAGUGCAUGUGUAAUCCAGACACGGCCACAUCUACCCUUGCACUUGAACUGCACCUAAAAUGGUGUCUGUGCGGGCCUUCCUGCGAUACUCGGUCCCAAUUGUUGUGGCCCUGUACGGCGUGUAUUACUGGUACAUGUUUUCCAGUCGCAAAUACUUUACGGGCGAUGUCACGCUAGAAGGAAAGACGGCAAUUGUAACAGGAGGAAAUGCAGGUAUAGGCAGGGUGACAGCCUUUGACUUUGCCCAGCGAGGCGCCCGGGUCAUCCUGGCCUGUCGCAAUCUCCAGAAGGCCCUGGAUGCCGCCGAAGAUAUCAAGUCACGCACGGGGAACUCGAAGGUUGUGGUGCGCCACCUGGAUCUAGCCAGCCUGCAGUCCGUCCGGAUGUUCGCAAGCAAGAUCAUCGAAAGUGAAGACAGACUGGACAUACUCAUAAACAAUGCAGGGGUUGCACAAGAGCAGGCACCUGGUGUUUCAACAACUUCGGACAACUUUGAUUUUGUCUUCGGUGUCAACCACUUCGGCCACUUUCUCCUCACCAACCUCCUCCUGGACCUGCUGAGGAAAAGCGCCCCCAGCAGGGUAAUCACCGUCUCGUCCGUGCUGCACGCCUACUCACCUGGCCUGAACCUGACGAGGGCGGACCCGGAUGUGGCCGGUUUCUUGUAUCCCCACCUGAAAGCCUACAACCCCAGCAAGCUGGCCAACGUGCUCUUCGCCCGGGAGUUGGCGAGACGUGGGGCUUCCAAUGGAGUGGUGUCUGCCUCUCUCCACCCUGGUGUCGUCUUCACGUCCCUUUACAAGACUCACAUGUUGGCCGAAUCCAGAUUUAAAGCUGUUAUGUACUACGUAUUUUCUCCUUUGAUGUGGUUGCUCUUCAUUGAUGAGGAGGCUGGUGCCCAGACCACCCUCCACUGCGCCUUAGACGACUCGAUUCCAGACCUGUCAGGGAGCUACUUUGACAACUGUCAGGAGACACCACCUUCAGCACUCGCUCUAGACGAUGACCUGGCCCGGAGAUUGUGGGAAGUCAGCUGCAAAGCAACUGGACUGAACUGUUAAAAAAGUCUUCUGGUAUUGCGGGAUGUGCAAAGGUAUAGCUUUUAUUCUUCAAUAACCAAAACACUCCGGAAUGGAUUAACUUUUUCUCCUUUUGGAUACAGUGCUACAACGUGGAACUGUUUUCGAAAAGGGGCAGCGUUUUUCAGUUGAACUGGACUUUCAACAAAAUUUCAAUCAAAGUAAUAUAUGAUUUGAUUCUAUAUGCGUGCGAAACUAAUUAGAAUUGGAGUUUCGAGGACUAGGGACUCAGGUCGAACUAAUUUAAAUAAAGGAUGCAUUUUGAAUUAUGUUUACAUAUACAAAGAUUUAGGUUUACUACAAAGGAAUAUCAAAUGACAAAUAAAUUUGGCCUCAUUUAAAUUAAAAAUCACUUAUAUUCUCAUCAAAAUACUAGACUUCGGAUAAGCUCCGAGUUUCCCUAUGAUCAUGACCUAAUAGUGACGGGAAUCCGUUCCAUGGGUUUAUAACCCAAGCCUAAACUUUGCAUGCAAUAAGCAAUAACUCUAUACAGCUCUUAAUUGUUUGACACGUAGACUCCGUAAUGUCAUGACCAGUGAUUUGAUAGUGAUUUGGCCUUAAUUGAGAUGAUUCCUAUGUUGAAGCUUGUGCACUGGUCGCAGUUUCUGCUAGUGUCAAAUUUGUCUUUUAUGUAACAUGUCGUUCUAGUUACUGAUGUGUGAUGGUGUUUUAAUUCAUCUAUGAAAAAAUUUUUCUUUCUUUAAACAAUUUUAUGCAUAAAUCGGUAAUAAAUAAUUUUACAAGUUUCCUUUCA